CGUCUGCGCCGGCAGCCCCAUUGUUAUCGGCCGAGCGGAGCCGGGGCGAGAGGUCUCUUGCCCGGAAGGGGCCGCCGCUGCCGCCUGCCAGAGCCGCCUCUGAGGCCCUCCCCUCCCCGCCUCUCCUCUCCUCAGGCACGGGGCUGCCCCGGAACACCGUCUCCGCCCUACCCGCUGGGGGAGAUCGGGCCUCGCCUGCAAGGAAAACGCGGGGGGGAGGAGGAGGAGGAGGAGAAGGGGGGACCGGCAGAACAACCCACCGGCGGCAAGGAGGCGGCGGCAGCAGCAGGAGAAGGAAGAAGAAGAGACCCUGCUCGCCCCCGGUACUGGUCACCUCAACAAUUGGCCUGGGGUUGGAGAUCUUCCGUUGACACUAGUCUUCUUUCUGCUCUUUGGCUCUCCAUGCGAGCCAGAGACAAAUGGAUGCAAUCACAAGUGCUAGCCUCAAACGAAAGUUUGAUGAUGUGGAUGUGGGUUCGCCCAUCUCCAACUCUGAUGAUGAGAUCUCCAACAGCGACAGUGCAGACAGCUGUGACAGUGUCAAUCCUCCCAGCUCCACUGGCUUCAUACCAACCUCCAUCUUGAAAAGGCAGAAACAGUUGCGCAGGAAAAACGUGCGCUUUGAUCAAGUGACGGUGUACUAUUUUGCAAGGCGUCAGGGAUUCACCAGCGUGCCCAGCCAAGGAGGCAGCUCCUUAGGCAUGGCUCAGCGCCACAACUCUGUCCGCAGGUACACCCUUGGUGAGUUUGCCCAGGAACAAGAAGUCAAUCACCGGGAGAUCCUUCGAGAACACUUGAAAGAAGAGAAGCUGCAUGCCAAGAAAAUGAAGCUGACAAAGAAUGGCACCGUGGAGUCUGAGGAGGCGGAUGGCUUGACCCUUGAAGAUGUCUCUGAUGAUGACAUUGAUGUAGAGAACGUGGAGGUGGAUGACUACUUCUUCUUGCAGCCGCUGCCUACCAAGCGGCGCCGUGCCCUCCUUCGGGCCUCUGGCGUUCAUCGCAUUGAUGCAGAGGAGAAACAAGAGCUCCGUGCCAUCCGCCUCUCCCGGGAAGAAUGUGGCUGUGACUGCCGAUUAUACUGUGAUCCUGAAGUCUGUGCCUGUAGCCAAGCUGGAAUUAAAUGCCAGGUGGACCGAAUGUCCUUCCCAUGUGGCUGUUCCAGAGAUGGCUGUGGGAACAUGGCAGGGCGAAUUGAAUUCAAUCCCAUCCGGGUGCGGACUCACUACCUACACACCAUUAUGAAACUAGAGCUGGAGAACAAACGGCAGGUGAGCCGAGCCCAAACUCUAGAGGAAGAGAGUCCUCAUAGCUCCAGCAGCGACUGGCUGGGAACCCAGGCCCCAGAGACACAGGAUUUCCAGGAGUUCAUGGCAGAGAAUGAGACGGCAGUCAUGCACCUUCAGACAGCGGAGGAGUUGGAGCGGCUGAAAGCUGAGGAAGACUCUAGCAGUGGCUCCAGCAUGGAGAGCCUUGGCGUGUGCAUUUUGGAAGAGCCCCUGGCGGUCCCCGAGGGAAUAUGCCCCAGCCUGGCUACGCCCAUCCUCAUCCAAGCCCAGCUGCCUCCAGGUUCUUCUGUGCUGUGCUUUACGGACAGCUCGGAUCAGGCAAGCUCAGCUGAGGGUGACCAGCCCUAUUUGAACAAUGGGCCUGUUGUGUACUAUCAGGUCGACCAAAGGUCGGUGCUGGGGGUGAAGGGAGAGAGCAGUGCUGAAGACUCAGAGAUGCCCUCUCGUUACACAGAUGAGAAGGACCUGAAUGUGUAUUCUGUCCCCAUGACCUCACUGGUGCCUUGUGGCAGAGCCGCAGCUUCUGGCAGGGCAGAAACCGGGAAACCUGCUCCUCUACCUCUGGAGCCUCUUUCAUCUGACAGCCCCUCUGAAGUUCCUCCACCAAGCCUGACGUUCCAUACAAACGUGUCACAGGACAGUUUGCGGCCCCAGAGUGUUGAGCAACCUCCAGAGAGAGCCUGUGAGCUUAAUUCAUCUCCUGAGGAAUCCUCUCUGGGACCCCCUGCUCUGACUGUGUGACACAUCCCAACCCAUCACAGCUCUUACAUCUUGAUGAUGUCUAUUUAUUGAUGGCAAUUUUGUCUAAAGGCCAUAGCCACUGGGGAUUAUUUAAUAUGGGGCAGGUGGGAGGGCGGGGAGAGAAAGGGGGACCACUGUAUUACAGGCUCAGUACAAAAUGAACUUAAACAAGCACUUAUGGCUGUCACAAGGUAAGAGAGUCCCUUCCUCUGCAGAUUGGAAGGCCUCUGGAUACAGAAGCAGCUGGACCAUAGACAACUGGACUGCCUGGCGAAAGGCACCUUACCUGCAUCCUGGAAGGACCAACUGUGAAUAUGGCUCAUGGAAGCAAUCGAGCAAAGUUGCCUCAGUGCUUGAUGGGUGGGGUGGGGAGGGGAGCAGAAGACACUGUUACUGCUAGAUGACAUCAUGUGCAGUGGAAUUUCUCUGUCUCUGUCUCUUUCUCUCCAUCCAGUUGCUCAUCCUGGCAAAGCUGCUGCAAUCUGUAUCAUUCUGUCACCUUCAGUGCUGCAUCUUCUCAGUAACUGUGACUUUGCUUGAACUGCUCUGACCAGUUAACACAGCUUAGGCUCUACCAACUCUCUAUUUAUGUGAACUUUGCUACCCUUCUUUCUCUGGAAGAUCCAUACAUAUAUAUUUUUAAAAUUCAGUAUGAAUUAACUUUGAUCACAACUGGUUACAUCUACAGUUUGGCAUGCAGCUGUCGUAUAGAACCAUUUUCACCCUGAAGUCUCCUCCCCUUACCAGUAGCUUUAUCCAAACAGGCUGACACUCCAUCUUAUAUGUCCUUAAUGGGAAUUGGUGAGAUAAUCAGUUUAAAUGUUUGUGUGUUUGCUUUUUUUUAAAAAAAACACGUGCUGAAUGUUUACUGGGGCAUCUUGUGUCCCAUGACCCUAAACUUGACACAUCAGUGUCAUUUUCUGA